UCAAACAAUUUGACUCUUUCUCGCAGUUAAUUAUAUAAUUAAUUCAAUUCCAAUUUGAAUCCUUUUCCGAUCAGUUUUUUUAUUAUUGUAUUCCAAGUUGAUAUUUAGUUGGCAAUUCUUGAAUUUACCAUGCGAAUCUGUUGGCAAAUUCCGUUGACCGGUAAACCAGAUCUUUCCUAUUUUUAUUCUUUACUCAAGUUAUCAGAAUCAAUCAACGCCGGUCACCAUGUGACUAUUGUAUUUGCCGACAUUUUGGCCUUUCUUGAUAAUUCUAAGUGUCCAUUGGAAUUGAUUGACUCACGAGCCUCACUUUAUAAACAAAUAUUCACUGGAGCCUUUGAAUCUCUUGGUAUUCCAUUGGAAAAUGUUACCUUUACCAAAGGAAGUGAUUAUCAGUUUGAUAAAAAUUAUUCUCGAGAUAUUUUCCGUUUAGCGUCAAUUGUUACCGAAACAGACGCAAUUAAAGCAGGAAUUAAUGUCGUCAAACAAGUUGACCAUCCAUUAUUAAGUGGUCUACUUUACCCUGUACUUCAGGCUCUUGAUGAAGAAUAUUUAAAAGUUGAUGCCCAAUUUGGAGACGAAAAUCAAAGAGAAAUUUUCAACUUUGCUGAGAAAUACUUACCUCAAAUCGGUUAUUUAAAAAGACUACAUAUUAUUCACAAACCAAUUUCAUGGUUAACUAAUGUACCAGCUAAUCCAGUCGAAGAUGAUAACAGGAUUACCUUAUUAGAUGCCGCUGAUGCUGUUAAGAGAAAGUUAAAGAAAGCAUUUUGUCAGCCUGGAAACGUUGAAGUUAACGGAGUUUUAUCUUUCGUAGAGAACAUUAUUUUCCCAGUUUUCAAACAGUUUCAUCUAAUGAGAAAAGAUGAUCACGGUGGACCAAUUGAUUAUACUAAUUAUGAUCAAAUUGUUGCUGAUUUUAAGAGUGAGCAAUUGCAUCCCGAUGAUCUUAAAAAAUCAGUCGAUGUUUACAUAAACAAAUUGCUUGAUCCAAUUCGAAGUAAAUUUAACGACGUCGAAGUGAAAAAACUGAUCGAUUUGGCCUAUCCAGCUCCUGUUAAGUUUAAGAAAGUUAAAAAAGAAAAAUCAAAGAAUAAGCAAGAAGUUACAACUGAAGAACCAAAUGCUGAUGAACUGAAAAAACGAGAAGAAAAGUAUAAAAUGAUCACUAGGAAUCUCGAGGAAAUCCUUGGUGAUGAAAGAUUAAAAGAAAUACUUACUCAAAGAGAUUUAACUGUUUACUGGGGAACCGCAACCACUGGUAAACCUCACGUGGCCUAUUAUGUUCCCAUGGCUAAAAUUGCCGAUCUAUUGAAAGCGGGUUGUCAUGUGACCAUUUUAUUUGCCGAUUUACAUGCCUACCUGGACAAUAUGAAGGCUCCAUUUGAAUUAUUGGCUUUACGAACUCAAUAUUAUGAGAAAGUACUCAAAGCAGCCCUUGAAUCUCUUGGUGUUCCCAUUGAUAAACUUGUUUUCCAAAAAGGCAGUGAUUAUCAGUUUGACUCGAAAUUUACUCGUGAAAUUUUAAGAUUAGCUGCAGUCGAAACUGUUCACGAUGCUAAAAAGGCGGGAGCUGAAGUAGUUAAGCAAGUUGAACAUCCACUUUUAAGCAGUUUACUUUACCCUGGACUUCAGGCUCUUGAUGAAGAAUUUCUCAAUGUUGAUGCUCAAUUCGGUGGUGUGGACCAAAGAAAAAUCUUUACUCUGGCAGAAAAAUACUUACCCUCUUUGGGUUAUUCCAAACGAAUUCAUCUCAUGAAUCCUAUGAUUCCAGGUUUAGCUGGUGGUAAGAUGAGUUCCUCUGAAGCUGAUUCUAAACUGGACUUAUUAGAUCCACCGGAGAUUGUUGUUCGUAAAUUGUCAAGCGCCAAUUGUGAGGCGGGAAAAAUUGAGGAUAACGGAUUAAUAGCAUUCAUUAAACACGCAAUUUUCCCCAUUUUUCAUGAAGUUAAAUUAUCUAACGAAGAAUCCAAUGGGAAAACAAUUAAUUAUGAUAAUUAUACAUCAUUGGAAACUGAUUUUAAAGAUUUGAAAUUAACACCCGAUGAUCUUAAAUUGUUGGUCGGUGUUUAUGUUAAUCGUUUAUUGGCACCAGUUCGUGAAAAGUUUGAAGAUCCUGAAUUGAAAAAGUUGGUUGAAUCAGCUUAUCCUACGAAACAAUUAAACCAAGAUGAUGUUAGCAAUGAAGUAACCAAAUUAUCAAGUCAAUUAGAAUCAACUCUAUCUACUGCUGUAUAACAAUUAAAAAAAUAAUAUGCUGUUAAGAUUAAUGAGAUGAUUGAACACAAAUUGAAAUAUUUAAAGGAUCUAUUUAAUAUUCGCGUUUGGAUACAACUAUUAAAACAUUUAAGCAAAUCAGUCAAUCACCAUUAAAAUUGAUAACCAAGGAAUUAUUUCCUUUUAAUUAUUAUCCUCUA